UCCCAGAGAAGAAACCAAGGAACCGAAAGACGCGCGCACGCACGGCUCACGCUCCAACGCCCAGAUCCCUCCCAUUUCAGGAAAAGAAAGGGACUCAGCCCAAUUCCGAGGCACUCCGUUCGGGGAUGGUCGCGAGCGAGAGCCAGAAGAAUCCGGCCGAGGUGGCGCCCGCGCCCGCGCCCGCGCCGGCUGCGCGGAGCAUCCCGGAGGAGGCGCGGCUGCUGCUGCACGAGCUGGCGGCGGAGUGGGAGGACGUGGCCGACUGCCAGGAGCCGGAGGUGGUGCCGCUUAAGGGGGCCAUGACCAACGAGGUCUACCAGGCGCGGUGGACCACCGGGGCCGGCGGGGACGGCGGCGAGGCGGGGGAAAGGAAGGCGAGGAAGGUGGUGGUGAGGGUGUACGGGGAUGGCGUGGAGCUGUUCUUUGACAGGGAGGGCGAGGUGCUCACGUUCGAGUGCAUGUCGAGGCACGGAUACGGCCCGCGCCUCCUCGGCCGCUUCCCCAACGGCCGCGUCGAGGAGUUCAUCCACGCCAGGACACUUUCAGCUGCUGACCUACGUGAUCCAGAAAUUUCAGCUAUUAUAGCCUCCAAGUUGAGGGAAUUUCACAACUUUGAUAUGCCAGGUCAAAAAACUGUUCUCCUUUGGGAAAGAUUAAGGAACUGGCUCAAAACUGUCAAGAGCUUGUGCUCCUCUGAUGAAGCCGAAGAGUUCUCGUUGGAUAGCAUGGAGAAGGAGAUCAAUGCAUUGGAGAAUGAAUUUUCAGGGGAAUGCCGGUCCAUAGGAUUUUGCCAUAAUGAUCUCCAGUAUGGAAAUAUCAUGAUUGAUGAAGAGACCAAAUUGCUGACCAUCAUUGACUACGAGUAUGCUAGUUUUAACCCAGUCGCCUAUGACAUCGCAAACCAUUUCUGUGAGAUGGCCGCAGACUACCAUUCAGAAAAGCCGCAUAUACUGGACUACAAUAAAUAUCCAGAUGCCGAUGAGCAGAAGCAAUUUGUGCAGACCUACCUGGGCUCUUCGGGCGAAGAACCUGACUCAGAGGAGGUCGAAAAUCUGAUCAAAAGCAUUGAAAAGUACACCCUUGCUAGCCAUCUGAUCUGGGGCCUCUGGGGAAUAAUUUCGGACCAUGUUAACGACAUCGACUUCGACUAUAAGGAAUACGCGAGGCAAAGGUUCGAGCAGUACUGGCUGAAGAAGCCUGUGAUCCUAACUUCUCAGGUUGCUGGGUAGAUCCCGGACCGGGCAUCAGGUUCUGCACUGAUAGCCUCUGCUGCACAUAGCUUGUCCAGUGUUGUCGAUGCAUCGAGGCCUGUCCCAGGGAUACAAGGUUGUGAGGAAAGGCUAGCUGAACCCAGAGGUCAGGCCAUCAGGGAGAUCAGAGCUUUGUUCAUUUGGUAGUUCGGGUGUUCAUAGCGUCAAGGCGACAGAUGUUAAUAAAGUCCCAGAUCGCUUGUUGUGUGAUGA